AUUUGCGCAGUUGCCUCGCGGAGGGUGCAGCCAUUAUUUUUUGGUGCUUUACUGUUAACUCCACGUUGUAGACUUAGCAGAAGAAGAAAAAAGCAGAAGUGAUACCGCGAAUCGUUUGCUAAGCUGAGAUUUCUGAGGCACUUUUAGGGAAAGUCCACGCGAGAAGCCUGAGAAGAGUGUGGCUCUCUCUCUCUCUUUCUCUGCGCGCGCGUGUAGUCUUUAACCUCACCAUAACACGGAACCAUAACAUUAUUAACACGCGCUGUUUGAGUCCCAUUGCAGUGAUGGACGUAUCGCUGAAAAUCGAGUCAUCUGAAAGUGUUGUGUCUCCAUCCGGUGAUGAAAGUCCAGCUGCAACUGAGUCGACUGCGAGCAUUUCGUCUGUAAUUGCGGCUCAUCAUGUCGAGCAGCUUAAGGAGCCGACCCCUGUGCUACUUUACCCUAUCAGUAUAAACAGUGCUGUAUCUGUAUUUAGAGAUCAGAAGGUACCCCAUGUUGUUAGCAGGGAGGAAGCAAGAAAGGGUACUGCAGCACGGGGCUAUCCUGAAGCAGUGUCUACUUCAUCCGAGUUCACCCACCAUGCUAUUGUGCACCUCAUUGAAGCGAUGCAUCGUUGCUGGGACGUGUAUGGCUCCCAUGAACGCUCUCGUCUCUUCCAGAAUGUCCAGCAUGAGCUGGAGAACCUUGGCCACUCACUGCCAGUAGAAAAGAUCAGAAGAAAAUGGAACAACCUCAUUGUCACAUACAAGAGAGUAAAAGAGCGUAGCAGGUUGGGCAGAGGCCAGGCCAAGACCUCUUGGGAAUACUUUGAGAUGAUGGACAAAGUGUUAGGAAAAGCAAAGAUCAAUCAGAGCGACCCUGCUUCAACCACUCUUGUUGGAUUUGCAACCACAACAGCUGUAAGGUCUGAAGAGGACCAGCCCCACAGUGUAUCAGUCGCUGCAGUGGCCACCCCUUGUUUGCUGCCUAGUGGCCUCUUCACCACACCUUCCCAAAUUCCUACACUGGUGACAUCCCCUAUGCUGUGUAACACAUCCCAAAACCCAAGCCCUCCAUGCAGUACUGACAGUUCCAUACCCACUGUUUCCCCCAAACCUACUUCCAAGAUCACAAGGCAACCACUGAAACGGAGAUUUCGGCAUCUUCAGCUUGGCUCGGUGGCCUCUCGCUUUGCCCAGCAGCAGGGACACGCAGGUGAGCGUACUGCCCUUCUUCGUAAUUUCAUUACCAGUCAUGAAGAACGUGCACACCAGGAUGAGCAGCGUCAACGCAAAAAGGACGCCCGUGAGCGGCGCCAGGAGAGAACACUGGGCAGCAUGGCCGAAGCGAUGGGAAGGAUCGCAACAGCCCUGGAGUUAAUCUCAUCCAAGCAAGACACCAUCAUUGCCCUGCUCCAGAGACUGUCUGAUAAGCAUUAAGGAACAAAUCAAAAGACAGUUUUUUAAAAUAUGAUCUCAUUGAAUUCAUAUGGACCUGUGCAUGUCUGUAGUGUUGUUUUUGCAUUUAGUGUUGGUUAUCAAUUACAAGUAAAUGUAGAAAUGUAACAGGGUAAGGCAUUUUUCCUUCCUUUUUUUUUAAAUUUCAUUACUUUGUUAAUCAUACUACAUUUUUCAGUGCAUUACUGCUACCAGUCACCACCUUAAAGUGUUCUGACAUUCUAUUCAAGAUGUAUGAGAUUUGACUAGAAACUUACCUUGUUUAAGUUGAGCUGUAACUCUUAAGUGUGAGCAGAGCAAAUAAAAAUGAAGUUACUGAUUUUU